AAAGGGGGGAGGAAAUCCCCACUCCGCAGCCUAUCAGAGUUGCUUCGGUCUCCUUUCUUGCAUUUCCCCCGAUGCGCCAAAGUUCAACCCGUCUUCACAACUUCCAACCCUAUCCUAGCAGUCAUCAGACACCCCCCCUUCUUCUCCUCCCCCCCCCCAAAAAAGAAGCAACACACGCACGCAAAAUAAGAGUGAGGGAAGAAAGAGGGGAAGGAAGGAAGAAGGAGGCAAAGGAAGGGGGGAGAGAAAAGCUUCCACAAUCCUCCUCUAAAGAAAUUCAACCUCUGCUCGCUUUCACUCCACAGUCUUCAUCGCGCAUUCCUAAAGGACGCAAGCUCAGUUCCAGCUGGUCAAUUUCAACCCCCCCUUUUUUUCAUUUUUUUAAAACUCUGGGGGGGCUUUGGGGGAGGCGAGUGGCUGAGGUUUUCCAAGAGGGGACAGACCAGAGGAGGGGUCCUCUCUCUUUCUGUCUCUCUCCACGUUCUCUCUCCCCGCACCCCAUUUUUUUGGUAAAAAAAAAUUAUAUAGACACUUUUUUUCUUGCAAAGAUUUGGACUCCCCUUUUUUCUCCGGCUUUCUCGACUUGAAACCUUCCAUCCCAGCGCCCCCCCCUUUCCUCCUUCCCUCCCACCCACCCGUUCAUCCCAGCAGCCUCGUCUAGAGUAUGGCUGCGCUCCCUGGGACAGUACCAAGGAUGAUGCGCCCAGCACCCGGACAGAAUUAUCCCCGCACCGGAUUUCCUUUAGAAGUCUCUACCCCGCUGGGCCAAGGCCGGGUCAACCAGCUAGGCGGCGUCUUCAUCAACGGGAGACCCCUCCCCAACCACAUCCGCCACAAGAUCGUGGAAAUGGCCCACCACGGGAUCCGGCCCUGCGUCAUCUCCCGCCAGCUCCGCGUCUCCCACGGCUGCGUCUCCAAAAUCCUCUGCAGGUACCAGGAGACCGGCUCCAUCCGCCCAGGAGCCAUCGGUGGAAGUAAACCCAGGGUCGCUACUCCCGACGUGGAGAAGAAAAUCGAAGAGUAUAAACGAGAAAACCCCGGGAUGUUUAGCUGGGAGAUCCGGGACCGACUGCUGAAGGAUGGGCAUUGCGACCGAAGCACGGUCCCUUCAGGUUUAGUGAGUUCGAUUAGCCGGGUGCUCCGAAUCAAGUUCGGGAAGAAAGAGGAAGAGGAGGACUGCGAUAAGAAGGAGGACGACAGCGAGAAGAAGGCCAAGCACAGCAUUGACGGCAUUUUGGGCGACAAAGGCAACCGGCUGGAUGAAGGAUCUGAUGUUGAGUCGGAGCCCGACCUGCCUCUCAAGCGCAAGCAACGUCGCAGCCGGACCACUUUCACAGCGGAGCAACUGGAGGAGCUGGAGAAAGCCUUUGAAAGGACCCAUUACCCAGACAUCUACACCCGAGAGGAGCUCGCUCAGAGGACCAAACUCACUGAGGCAAGAGUCCAGGUGUGGUUCAGCAACCGGCGGGCACGGUGGCGCAAGCAGGCCGGGGCCAAUCAGCUGGCAGCAUUCAAUCACCUGUUGCCGGGGGGCUUCCCUCCGACUGGGAUGCCUACUUUGCCUCCGUACCAGCUGCCAGAUUCAACUUACCCAACCACCACCCUUUCCCAAGAUGGGGGCAGCACUGUGCACAGACCCCAGCCUCUCCCACCAUCCACCAUGCACCAGGGAGGGUUGGCUGCCGCUGCCGCAGACUCCAGCUCCGCCUACGGGACCCGACACGGCUUCUCCACCUACUCCGACAGCUUCAUGAACCCCGCAGCUCCUGCCAAUCACAUGAACCCUGUCAGCAAUGGCCUCUCUCCCCAGGUCAUGAGCAUCCUGAGCAACCCCAGCGGGGUCCCCCCGCAGCCCCAGGCUGACUUCUCCAUCUCGCCCCUCCACGGCAGCUUGGACACCGCCAACUCCAUCUCGGCCAGCUGCAGUCAGAGGAGCGACUCCAUCAAGUCUGUUGACAGCCUCCCCACCUCGCAGUCCUACUGCCCCCCGACCUACACCACCACUGGCUAUAGUGUGGACCCGGUGGCCAGCUACCAGUAUGGACAGUACGGGCAAACCGCAGUUGACUAUCUGACCAAAAACGUGAGCCUGUCCACACAGCGUAGAAUGAAGCUUGGGGAACAUUCGGCUGUGCUGGGUCUCCUACCCGUUGAAACAGGCCAAGCUUACUGAUGGAUGCAGCCACACAACAUCACCUACGUUGAUAGUCGACCACCAAUGAGACACAAAUGAAAAAUGGAAGAAGAAAAAAUCCCACUUCUGCCACCAGCCUUCCAAGGACCCAGCUCUGUCAACGCCCUUCUUCUUCUGGGACCUUAAGCAUCGAACCUUCCAAAUCUUGCCUGCACCUGAAGGGCAAAGAGGACUGAGGAAGGAAGGGAGAAGUUUCCACUAAUUCAAAUUCUAACUGUGCAGACCUGUUAAGAAAACACUCGCCUAUGGUGACUUUGACCCCUUCAAAGGCCAGAGACAAUGAGUGUGAUCCGAUGUUUAUUUCCCCCCUGAUGUUCAAGCCCUCCUAGCCAACGCCGUAAACAACCAACAGUUAUGGACCUUCCAUUGAUGUGGCCUCUGGGCUUAAGUCACUGUGGAACCUGUUUUCUUCGUAAAUAUAUAGAUAGAUAGGUAGAUUCUUUUCGUCUGUCUACCCCCCAGCCCCAUUUAGUUAUUGUACAUGAUCGGCAUUGCCUGUGAAGGAGGAAUCCUGGUGAUUGUUAAGUGUUGAUCUUGGGACCAAAUGGGGAAAUAUUUGGACCAAAAAUGGAGAAGGUAUAGCAAAAGGGGGAGAGGUUGCAGUGCAUCUCAAUUCAAUGUGUUGGGGAGAGGGAAAUUUGAUGUAUAUUGUAACUUUUUUUCCCAGUUUGGGGACCACUAAUUCUGCAGGAAGUUGAGACAGAAUCUGAGGAAGCUGGAGGUUAGAUGCAGGAUGAAUACCACGCAACUUUGUUCGCCUAUGGCGUUUUAAAAUUGCCACGUUCUGGCAAUCAAGGGAGCCAAGUAUAUUAACAAAGACAAGGGAUCCCUUGUUGUCUAGGCUGUCAAAAAUCCCACACACCCUGAACAUUGGCUUCAAAGUUGCAUUGGGUCCUGUUGGAUGAAUCUAUUCAUCUACAAGACCACCACAUGGUGACAAGGAAGAUAGGGGGAAACUCUUCAUUUCCAUCCCCCUUCUGGUUGAUUUUGACUGCUAUACAGUCAGCGGCACCCAGCUUGAAAAUGGAAGUCUUCUGUGGGAGGUGCUUCUAUUAAAACUAAGUAUUUAAAAGAUUCAGGAACUGGUCCAUACAACACUAAUUUGCAGAAUGUUUCCAUAUGCACAUUUCCACUGUUGCUGAUGCGGUUCAGAAGCCUAGCAAGGUCUGUAUGGACCCACAUACUUUACCUCUAGUGCAGAUGCAAAUUUGGGCUGGAUUUCAGAGUGGGGGGCAGGAAUCAAUGUCUGCCAGGGCUCACUCUGAGCUGUGGGGUACCAGCAGGGUUUUCUGGGCCCACAAAUGGAUUGGGACCUUUGACCUCCCCCACAACUUGUUGGCAAGGUCUGCUGCCUAUGUGCUCAUUGAAACUAAAAGAAGUGCCUCUGGGCAUGUGAAGAUGGCAGAAUUUUGUGGGCAAUGUACUCUGUAGUGCCCCCGGCUGCCUUGUUACAAAGUGUGGGGCAGGGGGGGCAGGGAGCAGGUCAUCUGGGUCAUCUCCUAACAACACCCCUGGAGGAACUUAUUCCAGCGGUGACCUCGUAUUUUCCCGUUUGAUAGAAAAAGAGGAGAUGAGAAAGUUCAAGGACAGGAGAAAAGGACAGUUGAAACAAUCGGCUGGCAGUGGUAGCCAACAAUCCGUAUUAGGACAGUUGGUUUUCAGUGGAAGAGCAGAUUCAAGACCCAAUUGCAUCUCCAGAUAGGGUUGGAAGAAACCCCCUACAUGAAACCUUGGAGAGCCACUGCCAGUCAGUGUCAGCAAUACUGGGCUAGAUGGACCAAUGGUCUAAGGCCUACCAAAAUCAGGAGCAUUCCAUUGCACCGGUGCUAGUCUUUCCUUUCGGGAAGUGUCUGUGGCUCAAUGGCAGAGCAGCUUGCUUUGCACACCAAGGUCGCUGGUUCACGCUGUAGCAUUUUGAGUUCAAAGCAUAUCAGAUAGCAAGGCUAGACUCUCUUGAUGUUCAGAAUACCUCAUGGGUGUUGCAAGGUCUGUUGCACUUCAUUGUGUGUGUCCACGAAGUCCCCAAUCCCCUAAAACUCCCUUAAAUCCAACAGCAUUCACCAGUGGGCAUGUGGUGGGUUUUUAAUCGAAUUCCGAAAAUUAUUGCUUUCCAAAAUUAGGAGAACCAUGAGUGCAAUUUCAGACAGGCAAACCUUCAAGCCCGGAAGUGGAAGAAUAAUGAAAAUGCAAGGUGGGGAAUCAGGAAGAGCUGGUAGUUUUAAGGUCAGAAAAGUCAUUCCAUCUCUCAAAUUCCUUUCAGCCUCGUUUAAAGCCACAGGUGACCAGUUUCCUUCUCUACUGCUUUCACCUUGACAAACCAUCUACUCUGGAUGGUUUUAAGAGUUUCCAAGAUACGGAAUUUACCUCUAGCUCCAGCCACAGUCCUGGCCCAUCUACCAAAAUUUCUCAUCUCAAGAGUUCACAACUCUAAGGCGAAUUUGCUCAUAUCACAGAAACAGUGCCGGAUUUACGUAUAAGCUAAACAAGCUAUUGCUUAGGGCCCCACUCUCUUGGGAGGCCCCAAAAAAUU